AUGUUGAAAUUGUGGAUUCGUGCUCUCGGCCAAGGACUUGCUGUGGCAUUUGUUUUGGUGGCCGGAGGUUUGGUGUGCAAAGACAUUGUGGAGAAGACUCGGGGACGUCCCGUCGCGAAGCGUAUCAUCCACGUCUUCCAUGAAUGGCAGUUCGAGCCUUUGGAUACUCCGCAUGCAACUACAGAAGCUUUGUCAGCUUGGAUGUACAGUUGGCGGCGUGCCGGAUGGCACAUCCGUGUGUUGACAACGAUUGAGGCUCAGCACACUGAACUUUACAAGGCCAUGUUGGAAGCUUUGUCGCAAGCACGUGUGACACAUCGCAGCAGAGAGACUGCAUGUUACUUGCGCUAUGCAGCAAUGGCAGCUGUUGGUGGUGGUUGGUUGGCCGAUCUCGAUACUGUGCCGACUUACCUCACCCCCGGCCAGGAGUUAUCCAACAACGGUGAUUUUACCAUCUACCAACAUGAUUCAAGCUCCCUCAUGUCCGGUACCAAGAUGGAGUAUGAAAGGAUUGUUGCACAGAUGAUAGAUGCGCUGAAAUCCAAGCAGAAAUCAACAGUGACGCAAAGCCCAGACACUUGUUCGGACCGCCUUGUGUUGAAGGCCAUGGCGACGGAUGGUUUGAUUUCGACAGUGCCGCGAGUAAUUCCAGCCAGUUCCUGGCCAGAGCGUGGGCCAUGCACGAAUCUGACGGAUCCAAGCCAUUUUGCCGUUCAUUUCUCGCAAAGCUCUAUAGAGGCCCUUGGGUAUAAAGUGGAUGCUCGUGGUGUCUUGAUCAACAACACGAUGAAUUUUUUUUGGAAGUGCCGCCAGCAGGCCAACCUGCUGGAGCCGAGUUUGCACGCCUAG